AAAAUGGAUUUAUUUGCCCGAAAAAACACCUUUCCGGGAGAGAUGCCGCGGAACCGGGCCUUCUCCGAGCCGGAGUACUCGGCCGAGUAUUCGGCGGACUACUCAGUGAGCCUGCCUUCGGACCCGGAGCACGGAGUCGGCCGGACGCAUGAAGUCACGGUGCGGAGCUCGGGCUGCUGCCUCUGCCUGCCGCGGUUCAUGCGGCUCACCUUCGCGCCCGAGUCGCUGGAGAACCUCUACCAGACCUACUUUCGCCGGCAACGCCACGAGACGCUCCUGGUCCUGGUCGUGUUCGCCGCCCUCUUUGACUGCUACGUGAUCGUCAUGUGCGCUGUGGUCUACACCCAAGACAAGCUGGCGUCCACCUUGGUGGCCGCCGUCGGGCUCCUGGCCCACCUCUUGCUGUUCGUCCUAUGCAAGUUUGGGCUGUUACCGGAUCGUAUCUCACGCAAGUUCGUCCCCUACAUCCUGUGGAUAUUGAUCGCCGCGCAGAUCUUCUCCUACCUGGGCCUCAAUUUCGCCCACUUCCACGAAGCCAGCGACACGGUCGGCUGGCAAGCCUUCUUUGUGUUCUCGUUCUUCAUCACCUUGCCCCUUCGCCUUACGCCCAUCGUCCUCAUCACCACCGUGUCCUGUGGAAUACACACCCUGGUACUGGGAGUAACCAUCGCCCAACAGCAGCAAGGAUCCAUAGACACCAACGCUCUGCUACGUCAGGUCCUGUCCAAUAUAGCCAUCUACCUGUGCACAAUCACUGUCGGCAUCAUGUCCUACUACAUGGCGGAUCGCAAGCACCGAAAAGCCUUUCUGGAAGCACGCCAGUCUUUGGAGGUCAAACUCAACCUGGAAGAACAAAGCCAACAGCAGGAGAGACUCCUCCUCUCCAUUCUUCCCAAACACAUCGCUGAUGAGAUGCUGAAAGACAUGAAGAAGGACCAGCAGCAGAAGGAGCUCCAGCAGUUCAACACCAUGUACAUGUACCGCCAUGAAAACGUCAGCAUACUCUUUGCAGACAUCGUGGGCUUCACUCAGCUGUCCUCUUACUGCAGCGCUCAGGAGCUGGUCAAACUGUUAAAUGAGCUUUUUGCGCGAUUCGACAAGCUUGCAGCGAAAUAUCACCAGCUGAGGAUUAAGAUCCUAGGCGACUGUUAUUACUGCAUCUGCGGCCUCCCCGAUUACAGAGAGGAUCACGCCUACUCCUCCAUCAUGAUGGGUCUGGCCAUGGUGGACGCCAUAUCAUAUGUCAGAGAGAAGACCAAAACAGACGUGGACAUGCGUGUGGGAGUUCAUACGGGUACCGUCAUCGGAGGGGUCCUCGGCCAGAAGCGUUGGCAGUACGAUGUGUGGUCCACGGACGUCACCUUAGCUAACAAGAUGGAGGCUGGGGGCAUUCCGGGCCGCGUGCACAUCUCUCAGAGCACCUUUGACUGUCUGAAGGGGGAGUUUGAAGUGGAGCCGGGGGAAGGAGGCACAAGGUGUGACUACCUGAGAGAAAAGGGUAUCGUCACUUACCUGGUUGUCCUACCAAAGCAGCCAGUCAAUAAGAAUGGCAUCAAUGGACUGUCACUGACAUCAUCACAUGGAAAUUCCCCACAGCUGAUCAACACCAAAGAAUGUAACGGAAGUAUCCACACGACGUGUACUACGCCCGAUGAGAACGAGGAGCUGGACACCAGAGUAGUGAACCCAUCCUUCCCCAACCCCCGCAGACGGCUCCGCCUCCGAGACCUGGCCGAGAGGGUCAUCGACGCCCAACAGAACGAGCAAGAGCUGAACAAGCUGCUGAAUGAGGCCCUCCUGGAGAGAGAGACCGUGCAAGUCUUGAAAGGGAAGUACACCUACCGCCUGUCCAUGAGGUUCAUCAACCCGGAGAUGGAGACCCGAUUCUCGGUGGAGAAGGAGAAGCAGAGCGGGGCUGCCUUUAGCUGUUCCUGCGUGGUUUUGUUCUUUACUGCUGUUGUUCAGAUGCUGAUCGAUCCCAUGCUAGUGGCCAACUACGUGACUUUUGUCAUCGGUGAAAUCCUUCUCCUUGUUCUUACCAUCUGCUCAUUGGCUGCCAUAUUUCCCAGGGUCUUCCCAAAAAAGCUAGUUGCCUUUUCCACUUGGAUCGACAGGACCAGGUGGGCGAGAAACACUUGGGCCAUGUCGGCCAUAUUUAUCCUCACCAUGGCGGAUAUUGUGGAUAUGCUCAGCUGCCUUCAGUACUACGCCACCGCUUACAACGCAACCUUGCAGUCCACGGACGCCUGGGGCUGCGUGGAGAACCCCAAAUAUUACAGCUACAUCGCGGUCCUGGCCCUUAUUGCCACCAUCAUGUUGGUGCAGGUCAGUCACAUGGUCAAGCUGACGCUCAUGCUGAUGAUCAGCGUCGCAGUGGGAGUGGUGAACAUUUACGCCUGGAGGCCGAUUUUCGACGAGUACGACAGAAAGCGCUUCAACGGCUAUAACCUUUGUUUACCGUGCGUGCAAUCUGUGGAAGUCUUAUAUGGAAGCUGUUUUUUUGUCUCUUCACACAGAUCAAACCUGGUUCCUUCCAAAUAUUCCAUGACAGUAAUGAUCUUCAUCAUGAUGAUCAGCUUCUACUACUUCGCCCGCCAUGUGGAGAAGUUGGCCAGGACAUUGUUCCUGUGGAAGAUCGACGUCCAUGAGCAAAAGGAGAAAGUGUACGAUAUGAGGCGGUGGAAUGAGGCUCUGGUCACUAACAUGCUGCCGGAACACGUGGCACGACACUUCCUAGGCUCCAAGAAGAGGGAUGAGGAGCUGUACAGCCAGUCGUAUGAUGAGAUCGGGGUAAUGUUCGCUUCCAUCCCAAACUUCUCCGACUUUUACACCGAAGAGAGCAUCAACAAUGGCGGCAUCGAGUGUCUGAGGUUCCUCAAUGAGAUCAUCUCAGAUUUUGAUGCGCUGUUGGAUGAGCAACAGUUUCGCUGUAUCACGAAGAUUAAGACCAUCGGUAGCACCUACAUGGCUGCAUCUGGCGUCACUCCAGACCCAAACACAAAUGGAUUCAACAACACCAUCAAGGAGGAAAUCUCUGAUAAGGAGCGCUGGCAGCACCUGGCAGACCUGGCAGACUUCGCCCUGGCCAUGAAGGUGACAUUGAUGAAUAUUAACUACCAGUCGUUCAACAACUUCAUGCUUCGGAUAGGACUGAACAAAGGGGGCGUCUUGGCCGGUGUGAUCGGAGCUCGCAAGCCACAUUACGACAUUUGGGGGAAUACAGUGAAUGUGGCCAGCAGAAUGGAGUCCACUGGAGUCAUGGGAAAUAUACAGGUUGUAGAGGACACACACGACAUCCUGAAGGAGUACGGCUUCCGCUUCGUGAGAAGGGGCCCGAUCUACGUGAAAGGCAAAGGCGAGCUGCUGACCUUUUUCCUGAAAGGACGGGACAAGCAAGGCUCUUUCAUCAACGGCUCGUCCGUCACUCUGCCCCACCAGGUGGUGGAGAACUCUUGAUGAGCCCAACGUGUACGGUCAAGCAGCAAUCUCCCAGACACCCACCACGAAGUCCGAGCAGACUGACGCCACCAAGCCCAGAGGUCCUUCUCCGGAGCUUACCCUAAAA